CUCAUUUGUUCACACCGAAACUACAAAGAUUCUUUCUCUCUCUCUCUCCUCCGCAGCAACGUUCUUCACAACCUUUUUCUCGUAACAGAGAAGGGAAGAGUUCUCCUUUUCUUGUUUACAAAAAAAAAACAACACUCAGUUAAUUACUAAAUGGGUCAUGAUAAUAUCGCGAAGCUCGCGAGUCUACUCGUAAAGCUACACAGAGCUCCAUCAGGGUGGCUCUGUCUCCAUCCCCGACCAAACCGAUCCAUCAGCGACCGCGGCGAAGGAGGAAACCAACGAAAGAUCAAGCUCGUGAGAUCCGACGGUUCUUUACAAGUCUACGACCGUCCAGUGGUGGUCUCAGAGCUCACAAGAGACUUCCCAAAGCACAAAAUCUGCAGAUCGGACUCGCUCUACAUCGGACAGAGGACACCUGUUCUGUCCGAAACCGACACGCUCAAGCUCGGGCUCAACUACUUCCUCCUUCCGUCUGAUUUCUUUAUGAACAGCCUCUCGUUCCUCACCAUCGCCGCCUUGAAAUCUUCUCAAAACGGAGUCGGGUUGGUCAGAAAAUCAGCCGGGACUCAGCAGCAGCCGUUUCUUAUACAGAAGGGAGGAACGGGAGAGAAGCUGAGGAUACGUGUGUCUGAAGAGUUCAUGUCGGAGUUGAUGAUGGAAGGUAGAAAAAACAGAGAACAAGAAAAGGAUGAGGAAGGGGAAGGAGAAGGGAGAGUUUGCACGACGGUGAAACUGAAGAAAGAUUAUAUUCAGUUGGUUAGUCUGAGAAAAUGGAAGCCAAAGCUAGAGACGAUAACAGAGGCGAAGGCGACGGUGGAGAAGAAGAAGAGGAGAAGGAAGUUUCCUGUUAUGAAGAAGAGAUCAUGUAAAGAUUCUUCUCAAACUGAUAAUUCAUGUGCCAAGCGUAAGCUUCAAUCCAAAUUCAAGUCCAAAACCAAAAAAUCUAUUCUGAGGAAAUUAGCUUAAUUUUGUUUUAUUAGAGAAAUUAGCUGAUUGAAUUUUGUUUUAUUAGAGAAAUUAGCUGAUUGUGUUGAUACAUAGAAAAAAAUUGUUUGAAAUUAUGUAAAGAAUAUGAGAAAGAAAAUUAACCAAAUGAUAUAUAUUGAUUCCAAAAUUGUGGAAUUCUGCAGUUUUCUUA